UCACCCACCCCUUCCCUUUGCUCUCAUCACCAGACGCUCUCCUCCAACGACCAUUUCUCCUCCUCCUCUUCUUCUUCUUCUUUGCUUACUCCAGCUACUCAACCCCACACGAAACCUCGGGCUAAAAUUCUGCGCCCGUGCUGGGUUUCCCAGACGCCGUGUGAUCCCGCUGGCUGUCUGAUCGACGGGAACCGGUUAAUUGUCGUCCGCCAUGCAUCAUAACAGAGCAGGCGGCGGCGGCGGCGACACGGGGGACAUCGUGGAGGCCGGCGGCAGCGGCGCGCACGAGAGGGUCGUGCCGCACAGCGGGCCGCUGGGGGCCAAGCGAUCGGCGAUGCGGAAGAGCGCGCGGUUCGCGGAGUCCGUGUCGGCGCCGCUGACCGCCCCGCACGGCGCGCCACGGCCCCGGAACAACAACGACGAGUCCGACGACAACGACGACAACGACUACGUGGAGAUCACCCUGGACGUGCGCGACGACUCGGUGGCCGUGCACAGCGUGAAGCCGGCGGCGGGGGGCAGCGCCGAGGACUCGGACGUGACGCUGCUGGCGCGCACGCUGGAGAAGCGGUCGGCGUCCUACGGCCACGGCGUGCUCCGCAACGCCUCCUCCCGGAUCAAGCAGGUGUCCCACGAGCUCCGGCGCCUGGCCUCCGGCAACAACCGGCGUGGCCAGGCACGGUUCGAUAAGUCCAAGUCGGCCGCGGCGCACGCGCUCAAGGGGCUCAAGUUCAUCAGCAAGACGGACGGUUCCGCCGGGUGGACUGCCGUCGAGAAGCGCUUCGAUGAGCUCGCCGAGAACGGCCUCCUCCCCCGCUCCAAGUUCGGCAAGUGCAUCGGGAUGAAGGAGCUCGCGUUCGCCGGCGAGCUGUUCGACGCGCUGGCGAGGCGGCGGAACAUCAGCGGCGACAGCAUCAGCAAGGCGGAGCUGCUCGAGUUCUGGGACCAAAUCUCCGAUACCAGCUUCGACAGCCGCCUGCAAACCUUCUUCGACAUGGUCGACAAGAACGCUGACGGCAGGAUCACCGAGGAGGAAGUGAAAGAGAUCAUCACGCUGAGCGCGUCGGCGAACAACCUGACGAAGGUGACGGAGCAGUCGGAGGAGUACGCCCGGCUGAUCAUGGAGGAGCUGGACCCCAGCAACCUGGGCUACAUCGAGCUGUACAACCUGGAGAUGCUGCUGCUGCAGGCGCCGAGCCAGUCGAUGCGGAUCGGCACGACCAACAGCCGGAACCUGAGCCAGAUGCUGAGCCAGAACCUCCGCCCCACGGCGGAGCCCAACCCGCUCCGUCGCUGGUACCGCCGCGCCAGCUACUUCCUCGAGGACAACUGGCGCCGCUGCUGGGUGCUGCUCCUGUGGAUGUCCAUCUGCGCGGGCCUCUUCGCCUGGAAGUUCGAGCAGUACCGCCGCCGCGCCGUGUUCGAGGUGAUGGGCUACUGCGUGUGCGUGGCCAAAGGCGGCGCCGAGAUGACCAAGUUCAACAUGGCGCUCAUCCUGCUCCCCGUCUGCCGCAACACGAUCACCUGGCUCCGGAACCGCACCGCUGCCGGACGGUUCGUGCCGUUCGACGACAACAUCAACUUCCACAAGGUGAUCGCCGUGGGGAUCUCCGUCGGUGCCGGGUUGCACAUCAUCUCCCAUUUGACGUGCGACUUCCCGCGGCUGCUGCGUGCUACCGCCGAACAGUACGAGCCCAUGAAGCAGUUCUUCGGGGAGGUGCAGCCGACGAGUUACUGGUGGUUCGUCAAGGGGACCGAGGGUUGGACGGGGCUGGUGAUGCUGGUGCUCAUGGCCAUCGCGUUCACGCUCGCCACGCCGUGGUUCCGCAGGGGCAGGCUGCGUCUCCCCAAGCCAUUCGCCCGUCUCACCGGGUUCAACGCCUUCUGGUACUCGCACCACCUCUUCAUCAUCGUCUACGCGCUGCUCAUCGUCCACGGUCACUUCCUCUACCUCACCAAGAAGUGGCAAAAGAAGUCGACAUGGAUGUACCUGGCGGUGCCAAUUCUGAUGUACGCAUGCGAGCGGCUGACACGGGCGCUGCGGUCCAGCGUGCGGCCGGUGAAGAUACUCAAGGUGGCCGUGUACCCAGGGAACGUGCUGUCGCUGCAUUUCUCAAAGCCGCAAGGGUUCAGAUACAAGAGCGGACAGUACAUCUUCGUCAACUGCGCCGCCGUCUCGCCGUUCCAGUGGCACCCGUUCUCCAUCACGUCGGCGCCAAAGGACGACUACGUCAGCGUCCACAUCAGGACCCUCGGUGAUUGGACCCGGGAGCUCAAGAACGUCUUCUCAAAGGUUUGCCGGCCGCCGACGGAGGGCAAGAGCGGGCUGCUCCGGGCCGAGUACGACCGCGACGGCGCCAUGUCCAACCCGAGCUUCCCGAGGGUGCUGAUCGACGGUCCCUACGGUGCGCCGGCGCAGGACUACAAGCAGUACGACGUGGUGCUGCUGGUGGGGCUGGGCAUCGGUGCCACGCCCAUGAUCUCCAUCCUCAAGGACAUCAUCAACAACAUGAAGCGGCUGGACGGCGACGUGGAGUCCGGCGACGCGAGCGUGUCGUCGGCCAACUUCCGGACGACGCGUGCCUACUUCUACUGGGUCACCCGGGAGCAAGGCUCCUUCGAGUGGUUCCGUGGCGUCAUGGACGAGGUGGCCGAGACGGACAAGAAGGGCGUCAUCGAGCUCCACAACUACUGCACCAGCGUCUACGAGGAAGGCGACGCCCGCUCCGCGCUCAUCGCCAUGCUCCAGUCCCUCAACCACGCCAAGCACGGCGUCGAUGUCGUCUCCGGCACCCGUGUCAAGACCCAUUUCGCCCGCCCCAACUGGCGCAACGUCUACAAGCGCAUCGCCCUCAACCACCGCGAACAACGCGUCGGUGUUUUCUACUGUGGCGCGCCGGUGCUGACCAAGGAGCUGCGGGAACUCGCCCAGGAUUUCUCAAGAAAGACCAGCACAAAAUUCGAGUUCCACAAGGAGAAUUUCUAGUUUUGCAAUCAAUCCAGCCCCACGAAGUUUUUUUGUUUUCUUUUGCGGAAACCAUGUUAAUUUAGUACAUACCAAGAUCUAUACAUAUGAAAAGUAGAGGGAGUAGAUCAAAGUAGGUAUUUCUUGAUUGUGACCGGUUGGGUCAGAGUUUCAUCAGUUUUUGCUCUAGCAGAAUAAUCAAAAUGCCUCCUUGUACAGAUAUUCUCUUCUCAGAUAUAACCUGUGUUACCUAGAGUAGACAAUUU